GAUAUUUAUUACUUUUCCUUAGAUAUUUAUUUCAUCACAUCACACAAUAAACCAAACCUUUAACAACCCUUGUUAAAUCCCCAACCUCUCCUAAAUUCUACCACCAUCUUUUUUUUUCAUUCCUCCAAAUCUCUUCUAACUUCUAUAACCCAUUCUUCUGCUACUAUGGACUCUUCCACGAGGCCGUUUUGGACUGACCAAAAACACGUCAACUACCUCAACACAAUGGAAGCUAUUUUCGUCCGUACAAUGUUCCAAAACAAAACCUCUUUUUCAAAUCACAACCGUCCGAUUCUCAGACUCGAUCGCCAUCUUCCAGAUACCUCCGAAUCAACCCUUGAUUUGAAACCUCACAACAGAAGCCACACCAGAAAAUACCAUGCACCCUCCUCAGCCUUUCCUUUCUACAGAUUUGAUUGGUCCAACAACGAGAAGAACGCGGAGGAGAACAUCUCAGCCGUUCAAUUCAUCACAAGAUCAGGUGGUCCCACAUGUAGACAACGAAAGCAAAGGUGGUUAUAAUGGUGACAGCGACAAAGGAGCAGAUAGCUAAUGUUUAUUGUACUUCUUCUACCGAUUAGCAAGUUAUUUAUCAACGAUUCAACAAAAGAGAUCCACAUUUUAUUUUUCAUUGGUAGUUUAUUAUAAAGAUUCUAUCUGCUUGAUUUAACUUAAUCAUUUUAAAGUGUAUUUAGAUGAGUUUUUUCUUUUAAAUAUUAUUACUUCUAUGUGUUAUUUGAAGGAUACAAUUAAGAAAUCAAUUAAAAGUUGUAAUGAAUGCAAAUCACAACUCUUUGAGUUAGUUGUGCUUGUUGUUA